AUGCCGCGAAAGUCCUGUUUCGGCUUCGUUGAAAGCGACGAAGAAAUGAGUCGAAGUAUCGCGUUGCAGAGUGGAUAUUUCGACGCUUCUGUCCUCGAUGAAAAACCUUCGUCUAGAAUCUAUAAUGACGAUACGUCCAUGUAUUAUUUCCCUCACGAUAAACCCCCUGGCUACACCAACUACCCAUCGGUUACCCGCAAUGAGAGUCGCGACCAAGAGUUAUAUUGUGACUGCAGGAUGCGGCUGCGUUCUGCGGAAGAAGCUAGAGAAGCAAUGGAACCUGGGCCAGAAAUCUCCGCGCUUCGGACGUGUUGGAGUGGCUCCAUGGAUUCCAUAUCUCGUAGUAUCAAGAAGAUGCAUAUCAAACAGCACUUGACGGUGAAUGCUGAAAGCACUGCACAAAUGGAGACUGCGGCUAUGGGUAUCAAUAUCAGACAACAUUCAGUUUGUUCGUCCUACGAGCACUUUCCGGACGGAAUGACGAAUUGUAGGAACCAAGAACAUGCAACACUGAAAGCACAAGGAAUUUUGAACUUGCGACAGCGUCAGCAUAAGUGGACGAACACUAGCAAGACCAGCCUCUGCAAAAGGAUCGUCGAUGCACAUAUUUUCAAAUCGGCCAGAACGAUAAAGAAAAACGACGAGGAAAUGGAGAUCAGCUUUGAGGCUAUGGAAAACGAUUCGUAUAGGGUCUAA